AUGGGUUGGUCCGAAUCAGAAAAGCUUGUUGUAGUUUUGGAAGAUGGUACAAUUAGGUUAUAUGACAUCAACGGAGAAUAUACUCAACUUUCCCUUGUUAAAGAAGCAAAAGAAUAUUCUGUUAUUGAUUGUCAGAUAUGGGGAACUGGGUUGGUAGCUUUAACUGGAAAUUUUAAAUUAAUAGUUCUUACCAACUUUGAGGAACCUAGACCACAUCUUAUGGCAGAUCCAGGUCUAAACGAGCCACCACAUAGCUGGACGGUAAUUCCACCUCAAUAUACACUUAGCCGUCAUGUAGAAGUAUUAUUAGCAACCGGUUCUACGAUUUUGACCGUUGACACUAAAGAAUCUCAAGAUCAACUGCUUCAACAAGGACCAUUUACUAAAAUGGCUGUAUCACCUAACGGAAAGUUUCUGGCUCUUUUUACUGCUGACGGUAAACUUUGGGUGGUAUCUACUGAUUUCAAUAAGAAUCUUUCGGAAUUUACUACUAAUUUCAAAGCUCCGCCUCAGCAACUAAUUUGGUGUGGUACUGAUUCGGUUGUAUUAUAUUGGGAUAAGAUUGUGUUAAUGGUUGGUCCAUUUGGUGAUUACAUAAAAUAUUCAUAUGAUGAUACUAUUUAUUUGGUUCCUGAAAUUGAUGGUGUGCGCGUCAUAAGCAGUGACAAAUGUGAAUUCUUGCAAAAAGUUCCAAAUGUCACCGAAGAAAUUUUCAAAAUCGGUUCAACCGCACCAGCAGCCAUGUUAUUCGAUGCUUUAGAAAAUUUUGAAAAACAAAGUCCAAAAGCAGAUGAAAAUAUACGAAGUAUUCGACCAGAACUUGCAGACGCAGUUGAUGCUUGUACGGAAGCAGCUGGACACGAAUUUAAACAGGAUUGGCAGCGUAGUUUACUCAAGGCUGCCGCGUUUGGUAAAGCGUUUUUGGAAUCGUACAAUGCUGAUAACUUUGUGAACAUGUGUCAGACUUUAAGGGUGUUAAAUUCUAUGAGAACUGAUAGAGUGUUGAUCCAUUGGGCUUGUGCAAAGAUCAAAAAAUCGACUGAAGAUGAAGAAACUAUUUGUCGUAUGAUUGCGGAUAAAUUGGCCAAUAAGCCCGGUCUUUCUUAUAAGGACAUUGCUGAUACUGCGUAUAAAGUUGGACAGCCAAAAUUAGCAACAAAGUUACUUGAUUAUGAGCCGCGUGCAGCCGAUCAAGUACCUUUGCUCAUGAGAGUGCAAGAAGAUGAAUUGGCAUUGAUAAAGGCUAUUGAGAGUGGUGAUACAGAUUUAGUAUAUUUGGUAAUGCUUCAUCUUAAAAGGAAGCUUCCACUUCCUGAAUUUUUCCGAAUAAUUAAUAACAAACCUAUGGCUUGUAAUUUGCUUGAAGUAUAUUGUAAACAACAAGACUUGAACCUUUUAACGGAUUUUUAUUAUCAAGAUGAUCGAAGAGUUGAGAGUGCAAACAUUACAAUAUUAGAAAGUUAUGAGCGAAAGGAUUUGAAUGAAAGGAUUAAUAAGUUAAAGGUAGCAUCAAAAUGGUAUCAAGAUGAUAAAGAACAUGCUUUCGAAGCGAAGGCGAUUGAUGAAUAUAUCAAAUUGUUGCAAACUCAAUCUCAGUUAGAAAAGGAAAUACCAAAUCAACAAUUAGUUGGAUUAUCGUUGAACGAUACAGUUCACAAAUGCAUUACUACUAAUCAUUCUAGUAAAGCAAAUAAACUUAAGUCAGAAUUCAAAAUUCCGGAUAAAAGAUUUUGGUGGAUCAAAUUAAAAGCUUUGGUGGAGUUGAGAGAUUGGGAUGAAUUAGAUCGUCUUUCCAAGUUGAAAAAAUCUCCGAUUGGAUACGAGCCAUUUGUGGAAGAAUGUAUAAAAGCUAUGCAACACAGAGAAGCUGCAAAAUACAUCCAAAAAUGUGAUCCUGCCGUAAGACCAGGUUUAUUUAUUAAAAUAGGCGAUUUCAAAGCGGCGGGUCAAGAAGCACUUGCAUUAAAGGAUAUUCAAUUAUUGAGAGAAAUUCAAAGUAAAUGUACGAAUCAUAUAAUUGCACAAGAAUUAGAUUCUUACAUUGCACAAUUAAGUUCCAGAUAG